GCGCUUUCCGUGCAUCUGGUGCUUUGCUGCGUUUCACCAGGAGAGGGAAGAGUUUGGAAAGGACUCCUGGCAGCCUGGGCUCCCUAUUGUGCUGGGAAACAGCGAAGGGAAAACAAGCACAAGUUUCUCCUCUGCCUGUUUGCACCGACUGACUAUGUGCGAGAGUCAGCAGAUGAACUCUGGAAGACCUUAAAGUAAACAGAAAACGGAAAGAGAAACCAAAUUCCAAAGCAGCUCUCUAGGGAAAUCGGUGGAAGCGAAGGGAGACGCCGCGGCAGUCCGGGGGCUCAGCCCGCCGAUGUCAGAGCUGUCACUCACUGCACGUUAAUCAGAGCUCAGGAUUUAUUUCUCUGCCGUGACUUCCCAGCUCUGAAUAGAUAUCACUUUUAGAGACAGAAUGGGACCUGAAAAGACUCUCGAGCACUGAACAGAGUGCUUGUUGCGUUCCUCACCAGGCUUUCCCGACCGCAGGUUUCUGUCAGUAACCUUUCCCACCAAGACUCCAGGGCAGUUUGGUGACAUUUGUAACAGAGCUGGCUCAGUGCUGAUUUGCUUUCAUGAGAGAUUAAAACCAUAAAGCUGUGAAACCAAAAAAAGGGCUAAAAAUCAACCAAAAUCCAAUUAUAAAAUGGCAGGUGACUCUAGGUUUCCAGAUGUGGACACUGAUGGAUCAGAAAGAAGUGAAGAAAUGGAGAUUGUAGUCAAUGUCGGUGGGGUAAGGCAGGUGUUCUAUGAAGAUAACCUGAAUCAGUACCCAGAAACACGUCUGGCAGAGCUGGUCAAUUGUUUAUCAGGGGGAUACGAUAGCAUAUUUUCCCUCUGUGAUGACUAUGAUCCUGGAAAGCGAGAGUUUUACUUUGACAGAGAUCCAGAUGCUUUUAAAUGCAUUAUUGACGUGUACUACUUUGGGGAAAUUCACAUGAAGAAAGGAAUAUGCCCCAUAUGUUUCAAGAAUGAAAUGGAAUUUUGGAAAGUAGAUCUGAAAUUUUUGGAUGACUGCUGUAAAGCUCACCUAAGUGAAAAAAAGGAGGAACUGGAAGAAAUAGCCCGAAGGGUGCAACUCAUUCUGGAUGACUUGGGAAUAGAUGCCUCAGAAAGUCGCUGGAAAAAGUGCCAAAAAUGCAUCUGGAAAUUUCUGGAAAAGCCAGAAUCAUCCUAUCCAGCUAGAGUGAUUGCGGUACUGUCCUUUCUGUUUAUUUUGAUCUCCUCUGUUGUGAUGUGUGUGGGGACCAUCCCAGACUUGCAGGUGGUAGAUGCAGAGGGGAACCGUAUGGAGCACCCGACCCUGGACAGCAUCGAGACCGCCUGCAUAGGCUGGUUUACUGUGGAGUAUGUGCUGAGGCUGAUCUCCUCUCCCAACAAACUCCACUUUGCCUUUUCCUUCAUGAACAUUGUUGAUGUGCUAGCAAUACUUCCUUUCUACGUCAGCCUGACCUUGACCCACCUGGGAGCCAAGCUGAUGGAGCUGAGCAAUGUCCAGCAGGCUGUCCAGGCACUGCGCAUCAUGAGGAUUGCAAGGAUUUUCAAGCUUGCACGACAUUCCUCAGGGCUCCAGACCCUAACCUAUGCCCUGAAACGCAGCUUUAAGGAGCUUGGGCUGCUCCUCAUGUACUUAGCUGUUGGCAUCUUUGUCUUUUCUGCCCUAGGUUAUACCAUGGAACAAAGUCACCCUGAAACUUUAUUUAAAAGCAUCCCUCAAUCAUUUUGGUGGGCAAUCAUUACCAUGACCACGGUUGGAUACGGAGACAUUUACCCUAAAACAACACUAGGAAAACUGAAUGCUGCCAUCAGUUUUCUUUGUGGGGUGAUAGCGAUCGCCCUCCCCAUCCAUCCCAUCAUUAACAACUUUGUCAGGUAUUACAACAAACAGAGAGUUUUAGAAACAGCUGCCAAACAUGAAUUGGAACUGAUGGAACUAAAUUCUGCUGAGGGGAAAGCCGCAGGCUCCAGAAGUGAACUAGAGGAUCUUUCAAGGGAAGGCAAAGAGGCUCCUUUUUAUAGCAGCCGGAUAAAAGUCUCCCACAGUGACACCUUUAUUCAUCUCCUGUCAGAAGAAAAACACCAUAGGACCAGGCUUCAAAGCUGCAAAUAAACUGUGAGCUGUUGUCAGCGCUAAGCUACAGAUUGGGACAACCUGACAAUCAGCUAUGGAAGGGACUCGCAGAUCUGUCAGAGCUGGGAGGGAGCACUGCUUUGCUUUUCCAACAUGAAUAUAAAUUAACCCCAUGGCUUCUCCAUCAACAGUUGGUAAGACUUUACUGUUAUUAACCCAAAAUAAAACAGUAGGACUUCACUGAGAUCAGACUGCUUAUAUUGAGUGUGUUCUGAUAAAAAACAUUUGUAACCAUUUCAGAGACUGAAAAGUCCUUCCUGAUCCACAAAUGUUCAAUGACCUGAAUGCACAACAUUGCCACAUCAGAACUUUGUACCUGUGACAAUAAAGAGCAGCAUCACACAGAUUGUGUCUUCCAGGCUCUCUUCAAUGCCUUUGCAGCUAGGGGAACUGCUCCUUAAACGAAUUAAAGCAGCCUCUCGUUUGUAUUAGAUUCAGGCUUACAGCAAAAUGUAACAAGUAGUUUGAGCCUAGAGAUACUGAAGGUAUCAGCAUAUACUGUGUGCAGAAUAUUAGAGUGAAUAAAUGGCUUUGUUUUGUAAAAUG